GAAUGUUUUCAUUCAUCCGAGACCUAGUCUAUUGUCCUCCGACAAAGUUAAAGAGUAUCCAUCAUCCGGUCUAACCGUGGGGGGCAGUUUAUACUCUUGACCUGUCAACGACUAUGCGAAUACGACCACGCGCUAAACAAGGCGAAUAAAUCAUUGGCGGUGCGGGGAUCAACCUCGAGAAAAGGUCGUGUGCUGUAAUAAUUAUCAUGUUUUUGAGAAUGUUUUACCAUUGGUUCGGGAUGCCCAUCGGGCAUGAAUGCACCCGAAGAAUACCAAGACAGCUUGUCAGGGUCCGCAUUUUGUUUCGUUUCCCAUUGUUUCGAUGAACGUGGAUUUGUUACUUUGAUCACAGUGGUGUGAUUGAUUAGUGGCACAGGAAACAAACAAAUCACACACCAGGUGCCUUGGGUAGCUUGUCAUUGCUAGGUAAGCUGGCUGAGUUAUAAAGCAUUGAUCACGUGCUCUCAGCAUUGCCAAUAACGACAAGGUUGCCAGCCCCAUUUUUGACGCGCGGCAGGCACAGAUGACAUCGAUCUCCCUGCUGUGCCUUUUUUCAAUUUCGAAUCCCGAGCUGAACCCGCCAACCGCGAAGCCGUUUUGGAGGGAAGGAAAGGCAGGGCUAGCUAACUGCAUACGGGAAAGGGAAAAAAUAUGCAGCAAGUACCGGAAGCCCCUCCAGGCUUUUAUCUGAAAACAGAUUUUGUCACGUCGGAGCAAGAGGCUCAGCUCCUCGACAUCUUCCGCAAUGAACUUGUCUGGCCCAUCAGGUCCACCUCGUCACAAAAGCCUCAAGGUGAUGACCAAGUGGUAGAGGGCGAAAAAGCCCCACAACAGGAAGCACAUGGACGUCUUGGUUUGUCACCAAAUCUCCCACCGUCCAGACUUUCGCUUCACUACGGACAUCACUUUUGCUACAAGUUCUUUGGGAUCGACACUUCGAUCCCAUAUGUCCCGUUCCCACCGUGGUUGAAGGAAGUCCUUCCUUCGUUCUGCCCUUCCUCGGCAAAUCAUGAUCCCGCUUCGGUUAAGGACUACCAUCUCGACAUGCCCGGCAGAGACCCAGAGCAGGUCUGUUUGCAGUACUACCCACCGGGAGCGGGCAUCCCGCCGCAUGCUGAUACGCACAGUGCAUUUGAGUCGCUAAUGGGCUUGAGCCUGGGUAGCGGGGUGGCCAUGGAGUUUCGGCGACGGGAGGCAAAGACAGGGGAUGAUGAUGUCGGGCUGCCGGGCACGGGCGCAGAUGGUAGCGAUCAAGAGUGGGAUUGGGACAGACGCGAGGUAUUCGUUCCACCGCGCUCCCUGUAUAACAUGUCUGGCGACAGCCAGUAUCAUUUUCAGCAUGGCAUCAAGAAGCGCAAGAACGACCGUCUCAUAAUUCCGGCCCCUGAGGACUCGAGUGGUGAUGGAGUGUCACACAAGGUUGUCCGUCGGGGUGAACGUUUUUCCAUCACUUUCCGCUGGGUUCGCAACCCAGCCGUGUGCGAGUGUGGGGACGAAUGGCUUUGUGACACGGCCAUGAGGAGGAAUGGAGUCGAGAGGGUGCUGAGGUGGAAAGGGGAUGCAAGCAACAACAACAAGUCAUGAUUUGAGCAACCGUUCCAGUCAGCCAGUCGUCUACAGUUUUGUGAAUAUGUCUGCGCGUGUCUUGUCAGCCACUCAACGAAUACCCGACGUCGCCGCUUUCCCUUCCCAGACGGAUAAGACGCUCCCGCAUGGCUUCUGCUCUAUCAAGAAUGCGCUGAUCAGACCCAAGUGCAUCUUUGAAGUCGCAGCGGUCGAUCCAUGUGACACCAUGCUGGAGCACAUUCCUCGCCCUGAGCUGGCCCCCACGGACGUGUCCCACCGAGCCGUGGAUCGUCAGGCGCUCCUUGGUGGGAUCGUAGGCACCGCGGUGGAAGACGUUGUUGUUGUAGAAUGCAACGUCGCCAGCCUGUAGCCUGACGCGAAUCUCGCCCUCCAGCCCAGUCUCGUACGGACCGGCGGACCGCUCCUGGGGGGUUCGUGCGCGGGCGUGCGAUCCAGGCACGAGGAUCAGGCUUUCGUCCUCCCACAGCGCCAGGUUCCAUUGCGCAUGCCACGCCGGUUCCGACAGCCUCCUGAGCUCCUCCUCGUCCGUCGCGUCGGGACCGAUGUCGUCGCGGUGCCAGCGCAGCUCAAACGCCUUGCCCGGACGCACCAGCAUGUUGAGCAGCUCCAUGACCAGGUCCUCAUCGCUGCAGCCCUGAUCCCCGGACUCGCCUAUCAGUUCUCGCGCAGGACCUAGUAUCGUUUCCGAAAAGUACAGCCGCGCAAACUCAUCCCGGCCAGGCAUGUCUGGAUGCAGCAAACUCUGUACGCCCCAGAUACCGCCCUCUUCGUCGUUGGGCUUGGAUGGCCACGGGGGAAACUGCUUCCCGACGGUGCGGAUAUGAGGCCACCCGCCCGCGCGAGCGAGCUUUUCGACCUCGGCGGCUGCUUCGCGAAGCUUGGCCAGUUGCCCUGAGCCGAGGGCCUGUGGUAUCACGACGAAUCCGUCCCUCUCGAGGGACUCGCGCAGCCCUGUAGUGGGAGCC